GCCUAGGUCGACGCAGCUGGAGGACGACACUUCCCAGGAGUCUGCGCGGCGGCGCGCCGAGAGCCGCGCGAGGCUGUGAUUGGCUGGUGAGCCGGCCGCACGCGGAGGAGCUCAAGGAGCAGCUCUGUUGCGACAGAGGCCGAGCGGCGAGGCCCAGCUUCCUGAAAGAGCAGUAACGUUCCCCUGUGGUUCAUCACUAUGCCCUCGGACCUGGCCAAGAAGAAGGCAGCCAAAAAGAAGGAAGCUGCCAAAGCACGACAGCGGCCCAGAAAAGGACACGAAGAAAACGGAGAUGCUGUCACAGAACCACUGGUGGCAGAGGAGAAAAAUGAGGAGGCCAAUGGCCGAGAGACCACAGAAGUGGAUUUGCUAACCAAGGAGCUAGAGGACUUUGAAAUGAAGAAAGCUGCUGCUCGAGCUGUCACUGGCGUGCUCGCCUCUCACCCCAACAGUACCGAUGCCCACAUCAUCAACCUCUCCCUCACCUUCCACGGUCAAGAGCUGCUCAGUGACACCAAACUGGAAUUAAACUCAGGCCGUCGCUAUGGCCUCAUUGGCUUAAAUGGAAUUGGAAAGUCCAUGCUGCUCUCUGCUAUCGGGAAGCGCGAAGUGCCCAUCCCCGAGCACAUUGACAUCUACCACCUGACCCGGGAGAUGCCCCCUAGCGACAAGACGCCCUUGCAGUGUGUGAUGGAGGUCGACACGGAGCGGGCCAUGCUGGAGAGGGAGGCUGAGCGGCUGGCUCACGAGGACGCCGAGUGUGAGAAGCUCUUAGAGCUCUACGAGCGCCUGGAGGAGCUGGAUGCAGACAAGGCGGAGAUGAGGGCCUCACGGAUCUUGCACGGACUGGGAUUCACACCUGCCAUGCAACGCAAGAAGCUCAAAGACUUCAGUGGGGGCUGGAGGAUGCGGGUUGCCCUUGCCAGAGCCCUCUUCAUCCGGCCCUUCAUGCUGCUCCUGGACGAGCCCACCAACCACCUGGACCUCGAUGCUUGUGUGUGGUUGGAGGAGGAGCUAAAGACUUUCAAGCGGAUCCUGGUCCUCGUCUCCCACUCCCAGGACUUUCUGAAUGGCGUCUGUACCAACAUCAUUCACAUGCACAACAAGAAACUCAAGUAUUACACGGGUAAUUACGAUCAGUAUGUGAAGACACGGCUGGAGCUGGAAGAGAAUCAGAUGAAGCGGUUUCACUGGGAGCAGGAUCAGAUUGCGCACAUGAAGAACUACAUCGCCAGGUUUGGUCAUGGCAGUGCCAAGCUGGCCCGGCAGGCCCAGAGCAAGGAGAAGACGCUACAGAAAAUGAUGGCCUCAGGCCUGACAGAGAGGGUUGUGAGCGACAAGACCCUGUCCUUCUACUUCCCCCCGUGCGGCAAGAUCCCUCCGCCCGUCAUCAUGGUGCAGAACGUCAGCUUCAAGUAUACAAAGGAUGGGCCUUGCAUCUACAACAAUCUGGAGUUCGGGAUCGAUCUCGACACACGAGUGGCUCUGGUGGGGCCCAAUGGAGCCGGGAAGUCCACUCUUCUGAAGCUGCUGACUGGGGAGCUCCUCCCCACCGACGGGAUGAUCCGAAAACACUCCCACGUCAAGAUAGGGCGUUACCAUCAGCAUUUACAAGAGCAGCUGGACUUGGACCUCUCGCCCCUGGAGUAUAUGAUGAAGUGCUACCCAGAGAUCAAGGAGAAGGAAGAAAUGAGGAAGAUCAUCGGGCGGUACGGUCUCAGUGGCAAACAGCAGGUGAGCCCAAUCCGGAACCUCUCUGAUGGGCAGAAGUGCCGAGUGUGUCUAGCCUGGCUGGCCUGGCAGAACCCCCACAUGCUCUUCUUGGACGAGCCCACCAACCACUUGGAUAUCGAGACCAUCGACGCCCUGGCGGACGCCAUCAAUGAGUUCGAGGGUGGGAUGAUGCUGGUCAGCCAUGACUUCAGACUCAUUCAGCAGGUCGCACAAGAAAUCUGGGUCUGUGAGAAGCAGACAAUCACCAAGUGGCCGGGAGACAUCCUGGCCUACAAGGAGCACCUCAAGUCCAAGGUGGUGGGCGAGGAGCCCCAGCUCACCCGGAGGACCCACAACGUGUGAGCCCUCGCCGGCGGGCCAGGCCCUGGGGCCGCACCCCUGCACUGCUGCAAUACUGCUCCCCAGCUCCCCCCGCCCCCGCCUUAGCUGCACUCUGUGAUCUCAUCUACAGCUGGAUGGUACCUGUCCGUCUCCUGUCCUUCCAGUCACUUCUGUCCACGUCUGGACUCGGCUGGCCCUGCCAGCCAGCCCCUUGCUGGUUCCGACCUGAUAGCGAUGCAGCCAGAGGCGUCCGACGGUCAGCCCAAGGGCCGGUGCCCGGGUUGGCCUGUGAAAGAGCUUAGGAUCCUCGUUUGCCGGGUUUGGGUGAUGUUGGAGGAGCACCCCCAGCCCACCGUCCCCAUUCCUUUCUGCUUCUGGUUGGAGCUCUGGACCAGGGCCUUAAUCCUGGUUGGUUUUUAAAUAAUUAUUUAACAGUGUAACUUUUAGACCUGCGCCACAUCUACAGAGCGUCCAAUAAAGAACGAAGAAGCCGUG